AUGAUUGUAUAUGAUAGAAUUUACUUCGAGAUUCACUUUCCAAUUGAGUUAGACGCGCUUCGUUACUUCGUUAAUUUAAUUGCAGUUGAGAUGUCGUCUCUUCAACUGCCUCCAGUUUAUGAUGGCUAUCGAUGGCAUCCCUGGAAAGAAUGGCUCUGGAAUUUCCGGAAUCUUUGUAAAAGGCGACAAACACUUCUAGGAACUACACAAAAAUUUAUCUUGGAAAUUUUAUUCAAGAUUGUAAGGCUGUAUAUGAUAUCUAGCCCAAUUUUCCGGAUGCUGUUUGCUCGAACUAAGAACACAUUAUUUACAUUCUGUAACAGAGAUCCGAAACCAAAAGAAUUGUCGACUCCCUUAUUAAUAGCUUCCGUAUUGACAGUGAUUGGCAAUGAAAAUCAAAAAGUGAAAGAGAUUUCUAAAAAUUUUCGUAUUCACGGGUACAUAGAUGAAGUCCAGAAGAUUUGGGAGAUGAGAUAG